AUGGCAGCGCCGUUCAGCGCGCUUGUGGAGUUCCACGGCUCUCGCAUUCUCCUCGACUGCCCGUUAGACCCCCUGCCCUGCUUGCUCCUUCCCCCCACCCCAUCCGCGUGGUUACCAAAUUCGCGAGACUCGCCUCGGAAGCUCGACCGUUCGGCCGAGCAAGAGAGAUCCUCGGAGCCUCGCCCCGUCGACAAAUCUGCCGAUUCUCGCUGCUCUCCGCGCGCCUCGCAGCAUUCGCCACGCGCGCCCGCCGACGCCGCUCACCUCGACGCACCUCGCGUCGCCCGCUGCUCGCCACUCCCGCAUGCUGAUUCACUCGCUCCCAUCCCCGCACCUGCUGCUGCUGCUGCUGCUACCGCAGAUGUAGCUUUCCAUGACGCAUCGACGGACCCCCCUUCAGCACUUGCUCCGGACCAGCCCGAACCUGCAGGUUCGGACCGAGCCAUACAUCUAACAGACGCACCUCGCGACCAUUCCGGAGCAGCCGGCUCGGGCUCUUUCCACCCCCCGGCCCUGGCGUUGUUGCAUCGGCAUGGCUGCCGAGCCUCGAGGUCUGGUCUGGCGCUCAGGCGCGAGGUUCGGUGGAGACGAAGGGUGUGCAUGUGCUUGGCUGACAGGCAGACGGGCGGAGGCGGGCAGAAAUUGGACGAGGAGGUACGAGGCGAGGGGUUGGAGGGGAAGGAGGGAAAGCGGAGAGAGGUUGGGAGCGUUGACGGCGCAGAGGCGGAGGCGAGGGGAGGCAGAGCAGAGUCGGUGUGUGGUGGAGCGAGAUGGUCGACCAGCCAUGGAGGUGGCAAUGCGGGUGACAAGAGGAGCGGCAAUGGGGGCGGCAAUGGGGUGGAUGCAAGGGGCAAGGGAAGGAAGAGGGUUGGUGAUGACGGUGGUGUGGAGAGCGGUGGGAAGAGGCAGAGAGGGGUUGGGGACGAGGGGAAACGAGGUGCACCAUCCAACCAUGCGCAUGGCCAAGCAUUUGACCACAGGCAUUCCCACGCCAACACCCGUGCCCACACCCAUGCCCACGCUUCCUCCUCGCCAUGCCCCGGUGUGCGCCUCUCCUUCCCCUUACCUUCCUCUGUGCCAACCCCCCAUAGCACUUUCGCCCUGCCAUUCGCGCUCAGUGCCACGUCAGCAGCGUCUGACGUGGACGCCAUCCUGAUCUCGAGCCCCGAGGGCCUUCUGGGCGUGCCUGUGCUGCUGCGCCAUCACCGCCAGCACCACGCCCACCGCCCCCCCCCCAAGGAUGGAACUGAAGACAGCCGCGUGGAGCCAAGCAAAGCAAAGCGGCGUGGUGCGCUCCACUCCACUUCCGUGAUGUCACCAGGAGAUGUGCCACCCCGCCCCAACCUAACACUUGCAGCUGCUGUCAUGCCCGUGCCUCAUGCCGGUGCCCCUGUGCUCGCCCCACCUGCCAUGCUCGCCCCACCUGCCGUGCUCGCCCCACCUGCCAUGCUCGCCCCACCUGCCAUGCUCGCCCCACCUGCCAUGCUCGCCCCACCUGCCAUGCUCGCCCCACCUGCCAUGCUCGCCCCUCUCCAAGGCUCGCUAUACCCCCGCCUCCCUGCCUCUGUUUCACCUCAUCAUGCACUCUCACGCUGGCCCAUCUCUCUGCCUUCUCAUCCGCCCUCCCAAGGUCUUGUGCUUCGCUCGCCUCGCAGCCAUCAUCAUCCAGUUGCUUUCACUACAAAAGCUCACCCUGAAACCCCUUGCUCUUCUCGCCACCUCUCUCCUCUCCCACCCAUCGCCCAUCUCCUUCUCUCCCUCCUCUUUCUACCUCCUCUCCCCCCCUUCCCCCCAUUCUCACCCUCUGCCGUCCUCAUCCAUGCGAGCAGUGAGAGUGAGGAGCUGGCAUCUUUAACGUGUGUGCAGGGAGUGAGGUGGGGGGAGAGGGUGGGUGUGGGUCCGGGCGUCACUGCCACUGCAGCUGCCUCGGGAGGUCCUCUUGGCUCUGCCUCCUGGUCGCUCCUUCACUGCCCCCACUCGCCCUCCCACACCACCCAUGCCUCCCAACCCCACACCUCCCACCCACACACCUCUUUCCCCGCCGCACAUCUCUUCUCUCAACAACCGCUCUCAUCCAUCUCGCAUCCCUCCACUGACCCUUCCGCCGCUCCCUUCGCCUCCCACUCCACCGCUUCAACCACUCCCUCCUCCAAGUGCUCUCACCUCGCCCUCCUCUUCCCAUCGCUGCCCUACACUACUCUCGCUGCUCCACCACAGCUGGAGCCAGUAAGAUCUUGCCACGUGGCAGCUCUAUGUGAGCCCACGUCAGCCAGCUCUGCUGACAGUCACGCAUGGACAGAAGACGCCAAGGAGGGGAGGAAGGCAAGGGUGGGGGAUGAGGAGCAUGGGAAGGGUCAUGAUGGCAGGCCGUGGGGUGGGGGAGGGAGGGGCAGCGAGGUGGGAGUGCAGGGCGGAUGGAAGGGCAGAGGUGGCGGGAUGGAGAGUGAGGCGCUGUGUGAGUCAUGUGGGCAUGUGAGUGUGACGGCCGGGAGGGAAGGGACGGGAGGAGCUGAACUGGCAUGCAACGAUAGAGGGGGCAGUGCGAGUGAGGGGAGAGGAGGGGCGAGUGCGGGGAAUGGGGUGGAUGGGGUGGAUGGGGUGGAUGGUGCGGGGGCGGGUGGCACAGGGAGGGCGAGUGGUGGUGCCGUGCUCCCCGCUGGGCCCCUCCUUGGACGUGCUACUCGCCCUGCUCUCACCCUCCCACUCACCACCAGGCCUGCCAGCACAAUCAGCAGCAGCAGCAGCGCCAUCACCCCAUGUGGGAGUGGGAGUGCCGGUGGUGUACCUGUCGCCGGUGGCCAAGCAGGCGCUCUCCCUCGCCUGCAUCCUGCCUGA